AUGGCAAAAAAAGAUAGCCUAUUAUCAUCAAAUGCCAAUCAGAUUUGUCCUAAUUUAAUACAAACUUCUACAAACUUUUCGAAAAUAAUAGUUCAAGGACAAAUUUAUUAUCAAAUUAAUACUGCAUUAUAUCCUGCACCAAAUGAAACGCCAAGUUAUGGUCAACUUUUCAUUGUAGAUAAUAAUGAAGCGACAGAAUGUCGUUUGCAUCAAAAUUCGAAUCUGGAUGAAGAACUUUUACGUUUAAUAGAUAAUGUAAUGCGUAGAAAUAAUAUUUUUGCACAAUCUAAUCGAAUGAUCCACGAAGAAAUUCAAAAUCAGCAGCAAAAUAGAAAUGGAAAUGAAACUAUACAUGAAUUACAAUUAAGAUUUUUAUCUAAAAAUGGCAUUAAUCGUGGCCGAUAUAAUGUGCAAAGAGCAAAUGAAGUUGCAGCUGUUUUUUCUACUACAGCAGAUGGCGAAAUUCCUGAAACAUAUGUCACUAUUUAUAAUAAAAACACUAAAACAUUGCAACAAGUUAGCACUAUGGAUCCAAAUGUAGAACCAUGGAUUUAUCCAUUAUAUUAUCCGUAUGGCAAUCAAGUUGACAAAUUCAUCUCGGCAGAAAUACCUGAUCCUAAUAAAAAUGAAAAUUUACAUAAUAUUGUUAUGAAACAUAUGAUUCAUGGACCAUGUGGAGAUUGGUGUAUUGUUAAUGAUAAAUGUUCGAAACACUUUCCAAAACCAUUUCAUUCUGAAACAACUAUGGAUGAAGAUGGUUAUCCACAUUAUCGUCGAAGAAAUAAUGGAUUGCUGUACGAAAGACCUGGAGGAUAUCUUGUUGAUAACCAAUAUGUUGUCCCAUACUGUCCAAUGCUCUUACUUCUGUUUAAUAGUCACAUUAAUGUCGAAAUAGUAUCAAGUCAUGAUGCUGCAUCUGUAGUUAUUGGAGAAAACUUGGAUAACAAACAGAUAGUUCACGAUGAAAUCCGAGAUUUUAUUGAAGCUCGUUACGUUGGACCUGUAGAGGCUUGCUGGCGUAUUUUGAGUAAGCCUUUGCAAGAAAAAAGUCACGCCAUUGUACGUUUACCAGUACAUUUGCCAAAUGAACAUAGUGUAGUAAUUGAUGAUAAUUCUAUUGAUAAUACAAUGAGAUCUGCUUUAGAACGGGUUACAAUGUUGAUUGAUUAUUUUGAAUUGAAUGCUCGAGCAACAAGUUUUCAAGAAUUAAAAACAGUUAACAAUGAAGUACACCCCACUUUUACUGCUGCAUGUUUAGCAUUAGGACUUAUAGAAGACGAUGAAGAAUGGUACCGUGCAAUGAAUGAAGCAAAAGUUUGGAUGAUGCCUAAACGUUUUCGUAGAUUAUUUGUCCGAAUUUUAAUUCAUUGUCAACCAGUUCAUCCUAAAAAACUUUGGGAUGACUUUAAAAUAGAGAUGUCAGAAGACUAUAUGAAACGAUAUGGAUCUAAGGAGGGAAUUAAAAGAGCUUAUAGUCAUAUUAGUAAUUUGCUACAUAUUGAAGGAUGGGAUAUUUCCGAUUUUCCUGAAAUGGAACAAAUAGCUGAAAAAUUUGAAAAUGAUAAUCAAGAAGAGGUUAACAGAGAAGCAUUAAUAGGUAUGCAACAAUAUGAACAACUAAAUGUAAAACAAAAGGAAAUUGUUGAUACUAUUUUAGCAGUAAUAGACGGUGAAAACAAUUCUGGUACCUGCUUUUAUAUUGAUGGCCCAGGUGGUUCUGGCAAAACUUUUAUUUACACAACUAUGUAUUAUUUACUUAAAAGCAGAAACAAAGUAGUAAGUGCCAUGGCUUUUACUGGUAUUGCGGCAACAUUACUUCCAAACGGAAAAACGGUACAUAAAGUAUUUGGAUUACCUGUACCUCUUUUUGAUGAUUCAACAUCAAACAUUAAAAUUCAGUCUAAAGAUGCUGACAAUUUGAAGCGUGUAAAUGUGUUCAUUUUAGACGAAGCGCCUAUGGCUCCACGCUACGUAUUAAAUAUAAUGGAUCGAACGUUACGUGACAUUAUGCAAAAUGAUUUAGAUUUUGGUGGUAAAAUUGUUCUUCUUGGUGGAGAUUUUCGGCAAUUAUUGCCUGUAAAAGAACGAAAAAAUAUAAGAGUUUUGCCACAAGAAAAAGAAUUUGCACAAUUUUUAUUAGAUUUAGGUAAUGGUUCUUUAAAUGAUCAAUCAGAUAAUAUUCAAAUCCCAGAAAGAUGUAUAGCGGAUAUUAACGCCAAUAUAGUAAGAGAUAUGUAUGGAGAUAUUAUAGCAC